CAUAGCCAAAGCAUUCACACUAUCAACACCUCCUCUCUUUCUCUCUUUUCCUGUUUCUUUGCUUCAAUGACGAUUCCAGUGAUUGAUUUCUCUAAAGUGAAAAGCUCUGGUGAGGAGAGAGCGAAAACAAUGGCUCAGAUCGCUAAUGGGUGCGAGGAAUGGGGAUUUUUCCAGAUUGUGAACCAUGGAAUUCCGGAGGAGCUUCUUGAGAGGGUGAAGAAGGUUUGCUCAGAGUUCUACAGGCUGGAAAGAGAAGAAAAUUUCAAGAAAUCGAAACUGAUGAAGACCGCAAAUGAUUUAGCAGGGAAGAAAAAUGGAGAGAAACUGGAGAAUGUAGACUGGGAAGAUGUCAUCACUCUCUUGGAUGAUAAUCAAUGGCCUUCAGAAACCCCUGAAUUCAAGGAAACAAUGGCAGAAUACAGAGCUGAACUGAAAAAACUGGCAGAGAGAGUAAUGGAAGUCAUGGAUGAGAACUUAGGCUUACCAAAAGGAUACAUCAAGAAGGCAUUCAAUGGUGGAGAAGGAGACAACGCCUUCUUUGGAACUAAAGUUAGCCACUAUCCACCAUGUCCUCAUCCUGAGCUAGUGAAUGGUCUUAGAGCUCACACAGAUGCUGGAGGUGUAAUCUUACUCUUCCAGGAUGAUGAAGUUGGUGGCCUGCAAAUCCUCAAAGGAGGACAAUGGAUUGAUGUCCAGCCACUGAAAAACACUAUUGUUAUUAACACUGGUGACCAAAUUGAGGUCCUAAGUAAUGGGAGGUACAAGAGUACCUGGCACAGAGUUCUAUCCACCGUAAACGGGAAUAGAAGGUCAAUUGCUUCAUUCUAUAACCCUUCCCUUAAGGCUACCAUAGCUCCUGCACCAGAACUGGUGGAAAAAGCUAACCAGGAAAUGAAUCAUCAAGAGUACCCUAAGUUCGUGUUUGGUGACUACAUGUCUGUUUAUGCUGAACAGAAGUUUCUCCCUAAAGAACCUAGGUUCCAAGCUGUGAGGGCUGUGUGAUAUUCAACUAGGUCCAGAUUUAUUACAGCUUUUCUUUUCUUUUUUCUUUUAAAUUUGUCUUAAAGUUCUAGUUUAUGGUUUAGCGACAUAGGUUUGCCCAAUGGCUAAAAAAAGCUUCAUUCUCUCCCAGUUAAAAACAUGUAGGAGAGAAAAGAAAGCUGGGUAUCAGUGUGUUUGCUUUAGAUUGAUUCUCUUUCUGUUCAUUAUGUAAUCAAGGGUAAUUAAUUAUAAUUACAUGUGCUUGUUAAUGUA